CCUCCCAGCAGUCGCCACCAGGGAAGCAGCUAAAAGAAAACAGUUCUCAGUUCUUUCUUCUUCCUGAGAACAACUGUAGGUGAUUAGCUGAAGCCACUAUCUGAUGUACCUUUAGCCCGAGCUGUUACUGUCCCAGAAGAGAGGAAUAUUUCCCUGUCCACGGGGUCAUGCCAGCUGCAGAGACACAGCGCGCCAUGAGAAACGGUGCUGCAGUGAAGGUGCCUGCAAAGGGCUGACCUCAAAACCAAGAAGAGAAGGAUUGCCACAGUUUUCAAAGAGCCAAUAGUCAAACCACCGCAGGGAGCGAGGCCUUCCACUGCCAGCAUGAAGGAAGCCAUUGAAAAUGUCCCUCUGGACCGUGCUGGCUGGAGCCAGGUGGCAUGCGAGGGCUUACCGACCAAGGCCCAGGAUACUAUUUUUUGCUCUGAAGAAGAUAACAGCCUGUAUUUCACAUAUAGCGGAAAAUCAAACGUUCUCGAGGUCAAAGAACUCAACUACCAGGUUAACACGGCAUCCCAGAUUCCCUGGUAUGAAAACCUCGUGCAGAUGAAAAUGCCCUGGACCUGGACAUCAGAUCCCUGUUCUCACAUGUCAAUAAUCCAGAAUCUGAAUUUAAAAGUUCAAAGUGGUCAGAUGCUAGCUAUUAUAGGAAGCACUGCUGGUGGAAAGACAUCCUUGCUUGAUGUGAUAACCUGCCGUGAUCAUGGAGGCAAAAUCAAGUCUGGUCAAAUCACGAUCAACAACAAACCCAGCACUCCCCAGCUUGUUAAGAAAUGCAUAGCACACGUGCGGCAGGAUGACCGACUGCUCCCCCACCUGACUGUCAGAGAAACACUAUUGUUCGUUGCCAAACUGCGCCUUCCAAAGUUUUUUUCAGACUCACAAAGGAAAAAAAGGGUAGAAGAUGUUAUAGCAGAACUACGCUUGCGUCAGUGUGCAAACACCAGAGUAGGGAAUGAGUACCUCCGCGGCGUUUCGGGAGGUGAGAGGCGGAGAGUGAGCAUCGGCGUGCAGCUGCUCUGGAACCCGGGAAUACUCAUACUUGAUGAACCCACAUCUGGACUGGACAGUUUUACUGCACAUAACCUUGUGAUAACGUUAUCCAGACUGGCCAGAGGAAACAGAUUAGUUCUUCUUUCACUUCAUCAGCCCCGGUCAGAUAUCUUCCAACUGUUUGAUUUAGUUCUUCUGAUGACUUCUGGAGUCACUGUCUAUUCUGGAACAGCUAGAGACAUGGUCCAGUAUUUCACAGAACUAGGCUAUCCCUGCCCAAAGUACAGCAAUCCUGCAGAUUUCUAUGUUGAUUUGACCAGUAUCAAUAAACAGACUGCAGAAAAGGAGAUGGAAAGCCAAAAAAGAGCAAAUAUUCUUGCCAACUUGUUCCUAGAAAAAGUCAAAGAUUUUGAUGAUUUCUUAUGGAAAGUUACUGAUGGAGACAAUGUUGCAACCACAUUCAGCAAGCAAAGGUCCCAUUUAAAUUCAGAAGAGCCUAUCAACAUGCCCCACCAUUCAAGUGACCAGUUACCAGGAGUCUUAAAGCAGUUCACUGUAUUAUUAAGUCGUCAGGUCUCCAAUGACUUCAGAGAUCUUUCAACAUUAUUAAUCCAUGGAUUUGAGGCCCUUCUCAUGUCAUUAUUAAUUGGAUUUUUGUACUAUGGCCAUGACAAAACCAGACUCUCUAUUCGUGACACGACAGCACUGUUGUACAUGAUAGGUGCACUAAUCCCAUUCACAGUGAUUUUGGAUGUCAUUGCCAAAUGUCAUUCAGAAAGAGCUAUGCUUUAUCAUGACUUGGAAGAUGGAAUGUAUUCUGUUAGUCCAUACUUCUUUGCUAAGAUUUUGGGGGAGCUCCCAGAACACUGUGCUUUUGUUAUAAUUUAUGGGGUUCCCAUCUACUGGCUGGCAAACCUCAUUCCUGAACCAGAACAUUUCCUGCUGAACUUCCUCUCGGUGUGGCUGGCUGUCUAUAGUGCCCGCGCGAUGGCACUUUGGGUGGCAGCACUGUUACCGACAUUACAGCUUUCAGCCUUCUUCGGCAAUGUCCUUUUCACAUCAUUCUACCUGAGUGGUGGUUUUGUGAUAAGCCUAGAAAACCUCUGGACAGUUCCAUUUUGGGUUUCUAAAAUCUCUUUUCUCAGAUGGAAUUUUCAAGGCAUGAUGCAAAUUCAGUUCACUGACCUCAUGUACGAAAUGACUGUUGGUAAUACUACUUUUCAAAUACCAGGGAAACUUGUCACCCAGGCUCUGGACCUGGACGCCCAUCCUCUCUACGUAAGCUACCUCGUCCUGGCGGGUAUCGUUUGCAGCUUCCUGCUCUUGUACUACUUAUCUCUGAGGUUCAUCAAGCAGAAAUCCAACCAAGACUGGUGACCGGGCGCUUACGAGUCCUCCGCACCUGGAAAUAUUCUGAGCUAUGGGCCACCGGUGUCAAAGGCCCCAUCCCACUUUGCAGUAGCUGAUGUUCUAGCCCACGGCGUUUGAACAUGCGGUGAUCACGUACUUAACGCGGGGAGCUCCAAGAGAACAGGAUCAGCACACACCAGACACUACUUUCUGUAGCGUAUAUAACAUUCGGUGCUCAGACGAACAGUGUAGAGGAAAGCAACGCAGAAGGUUUCACUGAUGCUUCGGGAGGACGUGCAAGGAUGGAAAACACAACUGUUAACUGUUCUGUGCUGUUUCUAAUAGCUUACGUUGUUUAAGGCCUUGCCUUUGUGUUCCACUUAGAUGCUGUUGAUGCCCCAAAUAGGUAUUUACUCACUGGAUAGAUGAUUUCUUGUAACAGCUAAAAUUGUCUCACCUUCUUGGAUUAUUUUUACAGUAUAAACACAUACCUACUGAUUGUUAUUAUUCACAUCUCUCUCCAUGGCAAUACAAAUCAUAGCAAUUUGCCAAGUUUGGUUCCUAAGAUUCUCAGGUAGAAAAUACCAAACUGCCUCUCCAGUAAUUAAAAAUCUAAUGAUGCAAUUACAAAAUGCUUGUAAUUGUGCACCUAGUUAUGCUCAGCCAUAAGACAGAAAGGCUCAGAAAAUGAGUCAGUAAAUAAACAGCUAUAAUUCACACGCAGUCAUAGUAAGUGCAUGUGCAAAUUAGGUGUAUAGUUGUUGUGAGCAUUUUAUAAGAUACCUUGAUUGAUUUUAAAUGUUUGGAUGCAGAUCUCUGUGCUUAUAUACAGAGACCCAAAGCACAUCACCUACUCGACUUUCAUUUACAUGUUGCACACAGUGGAAAACUCCUUCAGCAAUUGGCUAUAACACCCCUGAUACUGUUAUGUAAGUUCCCCCCCCCCCCUUUUUUUUUUUUAAGAAAUAAGAAUGAAAGAACAUCAGUAUUUUAUUAUUCUAUUUGGCAAUUAGGACUGCCACAUUACUUUCCACGGAUUCCACAUGGUAAUAGAUUCCCAGGAAGACCCUAGUCUAAAGAUGUUAAGCAGGUCUGUUAAAAUAACAGCUUCAGCCCCGGGCAGCAGUAGAAAUCCAAACCACUCCAAGGUCCUUCUAAGGUGAAUUCUACCAUUUCUUUCUGGUGCUGCUGCAUUUGAUUUCGAAAAAAACCCACUCGAUCUGAUCCUAGUGCCAUUUUGAAAUUAUCAGAUUUUCAUUGCCUUUUAACGGCAAAGCCAAUUCUUCCUGUCCAAUUCAGCAUCAUUAAAUUGUCAGAAUAGCA